UACUCUUUUGUUUUCUCCCGCGAGUUGUUAAUUCCUUCGCCAUACUCAGCUGCCGCCGCCGCCGCCGUCACCGCGUCUUCGCUUUGCGCCGCCGCGAGCAGAGAGGCCGCGAGAGAGAACCCAGGGGCCUGGGAGAGACGAGAGCCUCGCCUGGGAAGCGUUGCUGCUGGCGCCGCCGCCCCUGACAGUUGCGCGAGUGCACCUGCCAGGCGGCUCUGGCCUGGGCUGGUGGCGUUGCCAUUGCUCCUCCUCGCCGUGGAUGGCGGCUGAGCUGGUGCCUUCGGCCUCCUGGCUGCGUCUUCGCCACUGGCCAGGGGUAGCUGAGGCCUGGCGCCGGACGUUGCGCCCGUAGACGGCUCGCGCGAGAGGCGACGCGGUCUGCCUCGCAUCGCCAGGAGCAGCCGCCCGCCAUCGUAGCCGCCACCAUUGUACACAUGGAGGUUGCUGCCGAGUUCAAAAUGGAGGAUGCUAAUGGAGCAGUGGAUUUGGAGGUUGACAUUAUUGGCCCGGGUGGUGCUGCUGCUUGCAGCAAGUUGAACACAGUUGAGGACCCUGAUGCCACUGAGUGUUCAAGUUCCUUUGGGGACACACUAUCGGGAUCACAGGAUGAUGGAAGGCCUUCGGAAAUUAGCGACAUUGAGGUGGACUCACCGUUCUGCCGCUAUCCUCAUAAUGGAGAUGCUGCUGCUCUGCUGGACGCAGCUGCUUCCGACAAUUUGGAUAGAUUAUUUAAGAAGAAAAAGGUGACUGAUCAUUGGAGAAAGUAUAUAAGCCCGUUAAUGUGGAGAUGCCAAUGGCUAGAACUGCGGAUGAAGGAUUUGCAAUCACAAGUUUCUAAAUAUGACAAGGAGCUUGCAGCACUCAAGCAUGAGAAGGAGCUGCAGACGAAAAUGAUUGAGUUGGACUGUUCCUCCUCACGAUCAGUACCAUUCUCCUCUCUUUGCUGCAGGAAGACCAUGAAGCGAAGGAGGAGAAAAAGGAACGAAGACAAAAUGGAUGCUUCAUCGUAUAUCUCUAAUCACACCAUAUUAUCUUAUUUUGAGAAAACGGAAGCAGAUGGCCAUUCUAUUGAAGACAAUGCCAACUUAGCGGAUGACAACACAAAAGGCAAUAAUGAUGCUGAUUGGCUACUUGGUAUUGAAGGAGGUGGUACCACUGUUGAGCAUAUUCUUUUAAGCAUUCAAGCUGCUCAAGACAGGAUAUUCAGUCUGAGAUCGAAUCUCAAGCAAGCAAUGCCCAAGAAUAAGGGAAUAACCCUUAAAGUUAACACAUGGGUGAAUGGUACGCAGAGCUCAAAUUGCUCACCAGGAAAGGGCAAAGUUGCUGGACUGCAUGAGAGAUCUCCCCAGGACACAUCGGAUUGUGAUAUUGAUGAUUCUGCUAUGCCUGAUAGUGCUCUCUCGAGCUAUGGAGAAGCUAGCAACAUGGAUAUUUUUGAGAGCACCAUGAGCCUAUUGUCUGAAGGUCCACAUCAGAUCGGAGAAUUCCGUGAAAGCUCCGAGGAUGUAUUGAUUGACAACCAAGCAGCAGAGGAAGGCUACCAAAACUUUGAGGUGAUCAGCCAUCCAACCAAGCGGCUAAGGGUAUCAGUGAAGCGAGAAGCUGGGGCACACUCUGAGGAUGAGAGCGCUGCCCCUUUAGUCGCCGUCAAGAAAGAAGAAGCACGGGAAGAAGCCACAACCAGCUUCAGUCUCCACGGGGCGUUCCUGAAGCCCUACUUCACAGGAAAGAGGCAAGAGCGGAAGCCAAAGAAGCAAAUGAAGCGCAGACGAGGCUGUCCAACCGCAGCAGCAGCGGCUCUCAUCUCUUGGAGGUGCAAGAGGAUCCGGAAGAAGAAGCAAUUCUAAGAUGGACAUGGGCUUCAUCCAUCGUUCUCUUUUUGGUUUAUUCAGAGUAUGAGAUGAUGACGACAACCAGAGACCUCUUUCCUUGUACCUGAUCGAUUUUCGUUUCCUGGCGAUGGCAUAAUCUGAGGGCAAGAUUGAAAACAGCACCUCCGCUUCAGAUGAGAGGUGCUUGUAAGGCAGUCUUGCUCCUGUUUAUGUUGUUGUUGACCUGUUGUUGCUAAUGGUCUUGCCUUGAACAGUGACUUGUGAUAAGGAGUUGCUUAUAUGGAUUCAGUUUCCCUUCGGUUCCUUGAUUCA